UUGAGGAACGACGGUUGUGGGUCCCGCAUGCCGUCCCGUCAUACGCAAGGCGUCGCUCCCCCAAUUCCUUGUUCCCCCAAAUCCCUAGCGAGGCUCUGUGCUGCAUUCGGCGCAAUGGGACGGAAGGAGAUCAUGGAGCCCGGCAUCGGCGGGCCGAAGGAGAUCUGGGACCUCGUCAGCGGCAAGCAGAUGGAGACCAUUGGCCUCGGCAGCGGCAAGCUCCAGGACUAUCCCUUGGUGAGGCGGCUCCGCAACCGGCGGCUCCUCACCUACCUCUGGCUCCAGGGCUUCGACGCCGCCUACGACAGCGUUGUGCAUGAGUCGGGUGUGCAGAUGAGCAGGCUACAUCUGCGGCAGCUGCUGAUCCGGGGCCAGUGGAGAGAGGCCAUCAAGUACAUAACGCGCUUCCUGCCGCCGGCCGUUGAUCGGGGCGUCGAGACCCGUUCCCUCCUCAUCUUCCUCCACGCGCUCUGGUCCCUGGCAAACGUCGCCGGGUGCUCAGCGGGCGGCUUCGCGAACCAGUCCGUGCACCGCGACCUCAGCUUCCUCAAGUCCAUUUGCAGUCGCAGCGCCAAGCUCGCCUCCAUCCUCCAAUACACACUCCACUCGCCGCAAUUUAGGGCGUCCCUGAACUGGAUACUGGUGAGGGAGAAGGCAUCGUUCAUUGCCGAUGACUUGGCUCUUGAGAGUCCUGAGUUGAGACGCAAGUUGCUAUUGCCCGGCGGCCCAGGUCUCCCGCAGGACUUGUUUCCCAUCAGUCCCCUUCGUCCAAGGCGCCACUGGACGCAACAAUUCCCGCGGCCAAAGCCGGAGGCUAUUGCCAAGUGCUAUCUCAAGAGGAGGAGGAGCCUGCCCUCUGCAAGCCCACUUUAUGGAUUGCCCGAUAAUGCAGUCAGCCGGGUGUCAGAUCUUAUUGAGGGGUGUUUAAAAGCCGGUAAACUUCCGGAGCUCCAUCGAGGGAACCCACUUCAAUCAAAUGCAAAGGAAGGUGCUUCUGGGACUUCACUUCUGCAGACCAUGUUUGGUACUGUGACAAGUUCUUCUGAAAACACUGGGACCUCAUCAGUGACAAAUGCAGGUGCUCCAACUUCCAUAGGUCAGCCCUGUCCUUGGUGCUCAUCGGUUGCAAAUUCAGGUGCUGCGGUCUCACAGCCUAUUAAAAUCCCUUGGAUCACAUCUGCCACAAAUGCAGCCCCUAUCAAGUGUUUGAGACAAGAUGGUUGGUGUACCAACAGUGCUACUCAAGGUUCUGCUGGAAGAGGAAAGAAUUCAGGAGAAGAUUUGAUGACUUUUGAGGAAGAUGGUCCUGAUAGGAAAAGGCAACGGACGAAACUGGAGUUGGUGACUGAAGUGGAAGCUAGAUCUUGCAGCGCCAACUUGACGGCUUACUGAGCGGGCACUCCAUGGAGUCGAUUUGCUGCCAGAUUGUGUUGGAGCAUCGAGCUGUAUUAUGUUAUCGACUUGAUGAGACUUGCAAGUCUCCUAGCUAGAAUUACUUUUAGUAGCGUUAUGUUAUCACCUGUGACAUUGCAAGUUUGCAACUGUGUUUCCAAGUGCUUGCUGUCCUGUGUUACGUUUUAAGUGGA